GCCGCAAAUAAGAUAUAAAAUCUUCCCUGAUUUACUCUAUUUUCCUAUUCCUGCCAAUUUGUUUCUCAUUCUCGCUGCUGCCGUGGUUGCAUAUCCUGCUACCUGCUGCCCCAUCCUUGCUCUACUUAAAAAAAGAAAAAUAUUUUUUUUCCUCCCGAAGGCUCUAGAGGCGGAGGAGGAGCGGAACCAGGCCUUUCGUCCUCUUUCUACGGCCAAGACGUCCACAAGCUACGCGCGGGUCCCUCCUUCCCGCAGGCGGAUCAGGGAGCCUCUGCAGAUUGACCUUGGUUUGGUUUCGGAUUCAGGUUUGAUCCAACCCAAAUCCAAAUCGUCUGAUUUGGCAAGGAUUUGAUCAACAACUGGGGAUCCUGAGUUGAAUAUGAUAUCAAAUCCGGUGAAUUGGUACAGUUUCGGGCCUGGAUAGAAGCUGUAGUGAUGCCAGAUUGGAAGGCGGGCGAGUUUGAGGGUAAAUUCAAGGAUGAAUUUGCUCAGGGUAAUAACAACUUGCAAGAAGAUGGAGCAGGGCCUUUGAAUAUCUCAAAUAAGAAACUGAAGCAUGGGAUUACCACUGAAGAGAACCCGCAGGGUGUUGUGUCUACAGCAACUAUUUCAGAUUCAAGGAAAUUUGAUUCAGAGCACAUCUACUCUACCUGUGUGGUCGCUUCCGACCAUGUAAGAGACUGCAAAAUUGAAUCAAGUGCGUUUCCCUUGAGCAGAGAUGAUACUACAUCUGGAACAAGAUACCAAACAGAAAAUUGGAACAAUUGCCAGUUUGCACCGAGUAAUGGCUCAGCUGUUCUCAACAAUCACAGUGUUCCGCAAGGUGAUCUCAGUUAUGGAGAUAAUGAUCUAAACUUCAUUGAUUGGCCUAGCAUUGAUAAUUUUGAGGAUGUUGAUACACUAUUCAGGGGGUGUGAUUCCACAUAUGGUGAACAACAACUGGAGAACACUGAUGAGCUGUCAUGGAUUCCUUCUUCAGAUGCCAUUUACUCUUCCGAUGUUGCUCUGCAGGCAGGUUUUGACACUUCUUAUUCAGACUAUGGUAUGCUGGAUGACCUGUCAGCAUUCCCCUGUGCACAAGAUAAAUCCCUACCAAGAGCUGACAAGCAAUUCAAUGACAAUUAUCCAUUCAACGAGCAAAAGAAUGUUAAUGUAUAUGGAGAACAGGCUUACCAGGGGGGUGCAAUGGAAUUGUUGUCCACUGACCAGAUAUGCAAUGGAGAUGGAAACCUUGAUAUGAUUCGCGAGCGAUAUUCAUCAGAAAAUGCCUUGCAACAGUUGGAGGACAGGAAGUUUUCUGUAUCUUCCGGAUCUCAAUUAAGCUCCUCCCAGAAUUUACUGAAGCAAAAGCACCACUCAGAUAAAACUUCACCAAGUAACAUUACUUCUGAUUGCUAUUCAGAUAGAAACUGCCAGUUCAGUCCAUCUGGAUCUUUUGCACAGAGGAACUUGAUGGUUCAAAAACAAGUGGCUGAUUUGCAACCAGGACAGCUCAUAAAUGAUGAAGGACAACUUGGUCAACAAACAUUGACUAGAAGGGCUUCAUAUCCUUGUGAGAACUAUGAGGUUGAAAAGAAGGGCUUUGGAAAAAGAAGUAAGGAUACACUGGGUACAUCAGUAGUGGUGGAUGGCUCUUUUGUGUCGUCUCUUUCUUCUGAUAAUUCUGUUGAAGAAAGCAGCUUCCGACAACUUCAGGAUGCAGUUAGUCAGUUGGACGUGAAAACCAAACUGUGCAUUAGAGAUGGUUUGUACCGCUUGGCAAGAAGCGCGCAAAAUAGACCAGUUUUCCCAAAUGCGAUGAAUAGACAUGAAGAAAGCCGGGAUGUAAAGGAUGCACAAAAUAUGGAAACUUCGGGCAAGUUUGUUGAUCAUAGGAGCAUUGAGACGCAGACAAAUCCAAUUGAUCGUUCUAUAGCACUCCUACUUUUUCAUCAGCCAUCAGACCAAGUGGCUGGAGCUGUUGAAUCCUCGCCACUAAAAUCUCAUAACGAGAACCACAAGGCCUAUGCUAAAAACUAGGUUGGUUAAUGUUGCGAAAAUUACUGGAGAUGGCUCGUGGAGAUUCAAGGAUCGCCUAUUCAUAUAUUGUAAUCAUCAUCUCCGUGAAUGCAGGAGCAAUCGUGAAUGUUUAUCCGAUAUGGUACGGUACGUACCGUUUUAAUCGUUAGUCGGCUGCAAGGAAAAAAAAAGUACACCAGUUAACCAGCCAGCUGUGACUGUUGGUACCAUAUUGUGAAUUCGUUCGUGAGGUUGACUUUGUGUUGUUCUGACUAACAUUUUGUGUAAUCUCAAGACAGACAGAUAUUGACUUGUAUAUUCAAAUGACUAUUUUGUGUAA